AAGGUGUAUUAUAUUGUCUUUGAGUGAGUUGAAGAUAGACUCGUGGUGUGACGUUUUCGUUAAGUUGUAUAAUUAAUUAAUGUUGUUUUCAAGCGCAACAAUUUAAAACAUCUGUGAAAUUUUUUUAAAACUCCAAAAUGUGGUGGCAGCUGGUGGCGGCCACGGCGCUGCUCUCUGCGGCGCGGGCGGUCGACAGGAACAACUUCAAGACGUGCCAGCAGAGCAGCUUCUGCAGGCGAUGCCGUGCCGUGCAGGAGGGCCGCUCCCCCUACAAGCUGCUGCUCGACACACUGCAGGCAGACGCAAACAGCGUGCACGCACACGUCGUCAACACGGAGAACUCCGUGCUCUUCACGUUCCAGCUGUACGCUCUCACCGACGACACAUUCCGCUUCAAGAUCAAUGAGUUGUCGCCUCUGAGGCCUCGAUACACGGUUUCUCAGCACGUCCUGGAUAGGGAGCCACGCCUGGCGAGGCUGGAGGUGACAGAGAGGACUCCCGACUACGUGGUCGUCACGGCGGGCCCCAACAAGGUGCAGUUGUUCGGGGCCCCGUUCCGUCUGGACUUCUACUCGCACGGCACGCUCGUGGUGAGCGCCAACGCACGUGGCCUCAUGCGAUUCGAGCAUCUGCGCAGCAAACCACAACAGAAGGAGGGUGAAGAGGGGGCGGCGGACGCGGCUGCCCCGUCCCAAGAUGCUGCGGACACCGACCCGGGCGCGUGGGAAGAGAACUUCAAGUCCUUUCACGACACCAAGGAGUUUGGACCGGAAGCUGUGGCCUUGGACUUCUCUUUUGUCGGCGCGCACCGGGCGUACGGCAUUCCUGAGCACGCAGACUCCUUUGCCCUCAAGUCCACCAAAAACACUGAUCCCUAUCGUUUGUACAACUUGGAUGUGUUUGAGUACGAACUCCACAACCCCAUGGCUCUGUAUGGAUCGAUUCCAUUUCUUGUUGGGCAUGGGGAGGGGCACACAGCCGGCGUGCUGUGGCUGAAUGCAGCCGAGACGUGGGUGGACAUAGCCAACACGGUCGACCAGAACGUGGUGUCCUCCAUAGUGAGCUUCGUGUCGGGCGCGGCCAGCAGUCCCCAGGUGGACGCUCACUUCAUGUCGGAGAGCGGCAUCGUGGACGUGUUCGUGAUGCUGGGACCCGCCCCGCACGACGUGUUCCGCCAGUACACCGCGGUGGCCGGCACCACGCCGCUGCCCCAGUACUUCUCCAUCGGCUACCACCAGUGCCGCUGGAACUACAACGACCAGGACGACGUGCGUCAAGUGCACGGCAAGUUUGACGAGCACGACAUCCCUGUGGAUGCCAUCUGGCUGGACAUAGAGCACACCGAUAACAAGAAGUACUUCACGUGGGACAAGGUGAAGUUCCCCGACCCCACGGACAUGGUGCACAACCUCACCGCCAAGGGACGCAAGCUGGUGCUGAUCGUGGACCCCCACAUCAAGCGCGACAGCAACUACUUCCUGCACAACGACGCCGAGAGCAACGGCUUCUACGUCAAGACCAAGGACGGCAAGGACUUCGAAGGCUGGUGCUGGCCCGGCUCGUCCAGCUACCUGGACAUGUUCAACCCGGCCGUGCGGCAGUACUACGCCUCGCGCUACCGCCUCGACAACUUCCACGGCACCACCAAUGACGUGCACAUCUGGAACGACAUGAACGAGCCGUCCGUGUUCAGCGGGCCCGAGGUCACCAUGAACAAGGACUGCGUGCACCACGGCGGCUGGGAGCACCGCGACGUGCACAACGUCAACGGCUUCAUGCUGAACAUGGCGUCGUACGAGGGACUGCUGGAGCGGUCCAACGGUAAGCUGCGCCCGUUCCUGCUGACGCGCGCCUUCUUCGUGGGCUCGCACCGCUACACGUCGGUGUGGACCGGGGACAACAUGGCCGAGUGGGGGCAUCUCAAGAUCACCAUCCCCAUGUGCCUGUCGCUGUCCAUCGCGGGCUUCUCCUUCUGUGGCGCGGACGUCGGCGGCUUCUUCAAGAACCCAGACCCCGAGCUGUUCGUGCGGUGGUACCAGGCCGGAGCGUUCCAGCCGUUCUUCAGGACGCACUCGCACAUCGACACGAAACGGCGGGAGCCGUGGUUGUUCGACGAGAACACCAUGUCCCUGAUCAGAGAGGCGAUACGCAAGAGAUACUCCUACCUGCCGUACCUGUACACUCUGUUCUACGAGCUGGAGACGUCUGGCAGGCCGGUGAUGCUGCCCCUGUGGGCCGAGUUCCCGGCGGAGACGCCCACCUUCGACAUGGACGACCAGUACCUGCUGGGGCGAUCGCUGCUGGUCCACCCUGUGACUGAUGCUGGCGCCUCGACUGUGUCGGUGUACCUGCCGGGCGCCGACACGCUCUGGUACGCCGUCGACUCCCACCAGAAGUACGUGGGAGGAGGCACCGUCCAGAUCCCGGUCACCAUGAGCUCCGUGCCAGUGUUCCAGCGAGGAGGCUCCAUCCUGGCCAAGAGAGAGAGGGUCCGCCGUGCGGCCAUCCUCACGCUCGACGACCCCUUCACGCUGGUCGUGGCUGUCGACAGGAACAACUCUGCAAGUGGAACUCUGUACAUAGAUGAUGGAGAGUCAUUUGAGUACAGGAAAGGCAAGCAUCUCUAUCUUUCAUUUGUGUUUGAUGGAAAGAAGUUGACAUCAAGGUCCCUGGACGCCGGCCAGCUGCCCAGCAGGACAUGGCUGGAGCGAGUGGUCGUCCUGGGCUGGAGCUCCGGAGCGGCCAGCGCGCUGGUGGAGAGCAGGAGCGUGGGCAGGGUGACGGUGGAGACGACGUACGACCAGGCCUCGCAGACGCUGACGGUGAGGAAGCCGGGUGUCAGCAUGGCCGAGGAGUGGACGGUCUCGCUACAGUAGUUGCAGUAGUUGCAGUAGUUGCAGAGAGAACUGUGGUGGUGCGUCGGGACUUCACCACACAUCCGGCCUUCUGUGUCUUUUACACCCACUCAUUGUGUCCAAGUUUUUUAUCCCAUCUAUUUGGGUGUUUUACGUGGUUUGGUUACAUGGGUCCUUUGUAUAAGAUAAUGUAGUGUUCCUGGAUCAUCGGAGUACAAGUAAUUGAAAUGAUUUAGUGGAAAAUAUUUAGGGGUGCAUGUCUACACGAAACAUUAAGUCAAGUUUCAAGUACCCCACUCAUGCCUAAUUUUAAAUCUCAAUAAUUGGACUGUGGUACAUGAACACAGAAGUCAUUAAAACAAAUUUAAACACUUCAGCAUGCUACAUUAUUUUUUCAGACAGUUUUACUAUGGUAAACAAUGUAGAUAAUUUAAUAUUAGUUUUUUGAAAUAUGUAAUUUACUUUUAUUUUAAUCAACUCAUAGUGUGAGAUAUGUUUUCAAUUGGUUUAUGUUUCGUCACCAUUAUUUUUUGUAUGAUGACCUGUACUUGAGACAAACAAAUUUACCUCCUUGGUUACCGCUUUCAUAAAAUUUUGUGGAAUCCACUGCAGUAAUAUUUUUUUUAAGGGACUACACAAAUAAAAAAAGUAAACAGAGUGUUAAAUAAACUCAAUUAAAAUACCAUGCAUAUUGUAAAUUAUGUAGUAUAAUUUCUGUAAAGUAAAUUAAAUGUCACGCGUGGCUUGAUACACAAACCAUUAACUCAAUGUUAAGAGUACGUAAACCCCAGAUACGAGGGACAGAUACUCAACAUUCCUUGUGCUUCAUUUGUCAUUCAAAAAAGUUAAUUAUAUUUAUACUAGUUCCUCUGCUAACAUUUUGUAAGUGAAAUUCUAGUCGCCUAAUUUUCAGGUAAAAUGACAGUUAUUACAUUAAAAUAUAGGUUAAAGUAGGUUUGUUUGGGUAAUUUAAAAUUUUAAGCUUUAUGAUGUGCAAAAAAAUUAGUGCUAUGAUAAAAUUAAUUGCAUAAAUUUACUGCUGAAAAAAAAAUCAAAACAAAUGUCAAGAUAAAAUUGUUUUUAAUUGUUUGUGAGUAUUUAGACUGCACAUGUGACUAUUUGGAUCACUAUUUUAAGCUUAAAAGUGCAUGUUUCCACAUGAUAAAACGGUUUACAACAUUUUAAAAAAUGUUUUUAACGUAUGCACCACAAAUCAAUUUCAUUCAUCCUCAAGCGCUUUCUCAAACUUCCACAUCAUCACAGCACUUACAACUUGCAUAGUCACCAUUACUCAGUAGUACCUCUUAUUCCACGAUGUUCCUCCGUCGCUUUUAUUGUCAUCUAAUUCAACAUCGCGACUAGUUGUGAGCUCUUAGUUCUUGUAUGUACUUGCAAUUCCUUCGGCCUUGUUCCACAUUGUAUUCCUUUUCUAUUUCUAUGGUGUUGGAAGAAAAAUAGAAAAUAAAGAUUGUGCAUACAAAAGAUGUGGCUAUCACAGUCAUAUUUCAUAGCCCUAUCUAAUGACGAAAGUUGCAAUUUCACAUGAGUCUUCAUUCUAAACUUAAUGUUUAUUUUCAAGGCUGCCAGGCAGUUCAUUUUCGAAAAUGCAGAACUGCGGAACAAUCCCGGAAGUUAUUCAUUUCAAAGCAGAUGAUAAAAACCAGUGCAUUAAAAUCUGCCAACAGUUGCUUCCUUCUUACAUGCUGAGAUGAAAUUGCCACCAAAAUUUUAAUUAGUUAUAGAAGCUGUGAGCUUAGUUGCAUGAACUUAUUUUAUAACAUUAAUGAAAUUUCAAAUUUUUAUUAAAAAAAAAGUUUCUCUUUGAAUUGUACUAUCAACCAUGUUAAAAAGAUUCUUAUUUCAUCCAAAAAAAAACUUAGCACAUACUUAACUUAGGCAGUGAACUGCACAUUACAUUAUCUGAUCUCCAUCUCAUAAAUUACAUUUAAAUAAAAUAUACAAAAAUUAAGUAAGUAUGUCUUUAUCGUAUAAGCCCGUCAAGAAUGAUGCAGUUAGCUCUGUAUUAGAAAGGUAAGCAACAUAAUGUAGCGCUGUGAACAAGCAGUAGAUGCUCCUAAACGUCACAUAGAUUAUACAUGUGUCUUUGUAGGUCGUGAUAUGAAUGAAACAUGCAUAACUUAGCAAGCUUUUAUCCUACCAGAGCUGAAGUUUCAAACAGUGAAAACUACAUCAGUGCUGUUUAUAAAUACCAAACAACAACCUCCAUUACAUCAAACCCAUGCCUCUAGAGUUCAGCUCCUUCUGGCGUGACUUUGCCUUGCGAGCUACACGGAGACAGCGUCCGGGCUGCUGGGAAGAUGCCCAAAGAACUUAGUUCUGUGUUUUGAUCCAAAAGUUCUCUACUUCUUGUGCACCCCUAGACAUUAGACAUUUGUGUAGUUUAAUUUUUGGGUAGUUUGGGUGAAUGAGUUUGUGAUUCUGUCUAAAAUAAGUGGGAUAUCAAUGAAUAUGAUGUAUACAUGAGGUGUUAAGUUGGAUAUUUUUGUUUAUGAAAGUGUGGUUUCAUAUGUGUGGUGGAAAAAAAUGAAAAAAUAAAGUGCUCUGUUUGUUA